GUCAGAUUUGCGGGCUUUCCUAGCAGUCGCUUCCCUUGCUACUCCAUCUCCCUUCCUCACAUCAAUAAAUCUAGCUGUAGAUUUCAGCCAAGAUGCUCCGGCGGAGGAAGGGCGCUCAGCCUCCGCCUCCGCCUCCGCCUCCGCCUCCGCCUCCACCGCCGUCGCAGUCCCCCGAUGACCCCAGUCCUCCUAAGGAGGUCAAGGCUGAGGAGAAGGGCGGGAAGGAACGGAAGGGGCGAUGGUCCUGUCUUGACAGCUGCUGCUGGCUUAUCGGGGUGAUCUGCUCCAUAUGGUGGCUGUUGCUCUUCUCUUACAACGCCCUCCCGGCCUCGCUACCGCAGUACGUCACGGAGGCUAUCACAGGCCCGUUGUCUGAUCCACCAGGCGUUAAACUUCAAAAGGAAGGGCUGAAAGCCAAGCAUCCCGUGGUCUUCGUUCCUGGGAUCGUCACUGGGGGACUCGAGCUGUGGGAAGGCCAUCAGUGCGCUGAUGGCCUCUUUCGCAAGCGCCUUUGGGGAGGAACAUUUGGAGAGGUCUACAAAAGACCCUUAUGCUGGGUUGAGCAUAUGUCCCUGGAUAACGAAACUGGGCUGGACCCUCCUGGUAUAAGGGUUAGACCAGUCACCGGGCUGGUUGCGGCUGAUUAUUUUGCUCCUGGUUACUUUGUGUGGGCAGUUUUGAUUGCUAACUUGGCUCAGAUUGGGUAUGAAGAGAAAACUAUGUACAUGGCAGCCUAUGACUGGCGAAUCUCAUUCCAGAACACGGAGGUGCGUGAUCAAACAUUGAGCAGAAUAAAAAGUAACAUAGAACUUAUGGUCUCUACAAAUGGUGGAAGGAAGGUGGUGGUUAUUCCACAUUCCAUGGGUGUCUUAUAUUUUUUGCAUUUCAUGAAAUGGGUUGAGGCACCUUCUCCUAUGGGCGGUGGUGGUGGUCCAAACUGGUGCGCAGACCAUAUAAAAUCAGUUAUGAAUAUUGGUGGACCAUUUUUAGGUGUUCCAAAAGCAGUUGCUGGUUUAUUUUCGGCUGAAGCAAAAGAUGUUGCUGUUGCAAGGGCCAUAGCACCUGGUGUUUUGGAUUCUGAUUUUCUUGGUUUUCAAACAUUACGUCAUGUCAUGCGCAUGACUCGAACAUGGGAUUCAACUAUGUCCAUGAUUCCUAAAGGCGGAGAUACAAUUUGGGGUGGUUUAGAAUGGUCUCCUGAAGAAGGCUAUGAGUGUGCUCCUAAGAAGAAUAAGAAUAAUGAUUCUCAUCAAUCCAAAGAUGUUGAUAAGGAGAUGAUUGACGUUCCAUCAAGAGUCAACUAUGGCAGGAUUAUUUCUUUUGGGAAAAAUGUUGCAGAGACACCUUCAGCCAAGUUAAAGCAGACUGAUUUUCGGGAUGCCAUUAAGGGAAACAAUGUUGCUCAUUCAAAUUCUUCUUGUCGAGAAAUUUGGACCGAAUACCAUGAAAUGGGUUGGGCAGGAAUUAAAGCAGUUGCUGAUUUUAAAGUAUAUACAGCUGGUUCUCUCCUGGAUCUUCUUCAUUUUGUUGCUCCAAAGAUGAUGCAGCGUGGAAGUGCACAUCAUUCAUAUGGAAUUGCUGAUGAUCUUGAUGACCCAAAAUAUAUGCACUAUAAGUAUUGGUCAAAUCCCUUGGAGACAAAGUUACCAAAUGCUCCUGAUAUGGAGAUAUACUCCCUAUAUGGAGUGGGAAUACCUACAGAAAGAGCGUACGUUUACAAGUUAUCCCCUCAUGCGGAAUGCUAUAUUCCAUUCCAGAUUGAUACUUCUGCAAACGGUGGAAAUGAAGAAAGCUGCUUGCGAGGUGGUGUGUACCUGGUUAAUGGAGACGAGACUGUGCCAGUGUUAAGUGCAGGAUACAUGUGCGCUAAAGGAUGGCGUGGAAAAACCCGAUUCAAUCCUUCUGGUAUGAAGACUUACGUCAGGGAGUAUGAUCAUGCUCCUCCAGCUAAUCUCUUGGAAGGCCGUGGCACGCAGAGCGGUGCUCAUGUCGAUAUAAUGGGCAACUUUGCAUUGAUAGAGGAUAUUAUUAGAGUAGCUGCUGGUGCUACCGGAGAGGACAUAGGUAGCGAUCAUGCCUAUACUGAUAUAUUUAAAUGGUCAGAAAGAAUCAACCUACGUCUAUGAAUCCAGUUGAAUACCCACAACGUGAAUACUUGAAAUGCAGACAAGAAAGAGCAGUGCUAAGUAUAUUUUGGGUGAUCGUCUUUUAUUUAACGGCAAGAGUUUGGCCAUUGGUGUAUUUAGUUUUCUUAUCGUUUGUGGACACGAUAACUUUCCCUUGAAGCUCCAAUCCAAAUUAAUAUUGGAUCGGAUCAAUCAUUUAUACUAGAAAUUGUGCUCUCAGAUUUAUUGAUAUAUUUAAGCAUUUAAGUCUGGGUGAGCGUUAUCAUC